AUGCAAACUAAAAACAUAAAUCUUAUCGAGGACCAAAGAAGUAAAGAUUGUGAUAUACAAAAAAUAGGCCGACAAGAUGGUCAACCUGUGGAUGUGUCAGUGAACCAGGCGAUCUCAAACCAAGUCACGGCUCCAACGUUCGUUUCUACGUAUUACGGAACAGCUGAGUCAGUUCCGCCGUACAGAAUGCCCCCGGCGCCCGAAGCGGCGCUGCCCGGCGCCCCCGCGCCCUCUACGCCAGCUGCAUUACACACUCACUCCGCAAAAUUUCCCAUAGAACGCGAAGUGAUCCUGUCGUCGGGUGACAAAAGCUCCAAAGUACCAAUCUUGCAGGAAGCAAGAAAGAGGGGGCGACUUGGAGCGGUAGCUCCUGACACACCCCCUAAGGCGUUGUCAGCGUGGACACAUGCAGAGAAUCAACAAGCAGGACCGUCUGGUGAUUUCAGACAAUACGAACAAAACUACGGGUACACGAUGAACCAAAACCAAAAUCCAAACCAAGGCGCUAUAGCGAGAAACGUACAAAAUUAUGAUUCCCCAAAACCGCCGAUACCCGCCAAAAAUGCAUAUAAAACCGAUAGCCAAAAUAACUCACACAUAACAGUCACGGUUGAAACCGGUAAAGAUAGUACAAGAGAUGCCCCUAAAAGUAAUAAAUCAGUUAGCAAAACUUACCACACACUAAAGGACAUGAUAUCGAGUAGAUUCAAAAAAGAUGGCAACGAGGGUGAGAAGAACAACGAUGAAGCUAGACUUAACAAUAUCGAAGAAAGAAAGAGGCCUGAACCGGAGCAAGUCACUCCAAGAGAAACUCCAAGGAAAGUAGAACAAGGGAUAUACGGGAGACCGAUGCCACAAAAUCGACCAGAUAUGCAAUACAGUCAUGGCAUGCCAAAUAACAUGGCGUACCCGAGUCCGUCACCGCACAGGCAAUUAAUACAUCAGCAACAGCAGAUAGUGCAACAGCAGAUGAUGCUGAAUCAUCAGGCAAGAUCGCAAGAGAUGCUGGCGUCUCCUCAUAGGCCACAAGCUCUCGGUGCAGAUGCCCUCUAUCAACAAUAUGGACCUCCGGGUCGAAGAAGUGCGAUGUAUCAACGAGAUAUGGAUGUGAGAUCGAUGGCAAACUUCACGUCUUUGAAAACUGGUCCUCAGACACAGUUUGACAUCUCACAUUCAAGAUUAGAUCUCAGAAGUCCUCAACAAUUAGAGAGGGAAGUUAUACGUCAAAGAGGCUUAGUAGAAGGCAGAAGAGCUGCUUCCCAUCCUCACCUCUUAGAUGAUCCUCAUCCUAGACAAGAGAUCACGACACCACAAAUCCAUGAUCGGUCCAGGAGAAAUUCCCAUGGCAAUCUUCUAGAUGGUAUGCCAAAUGAAAACGGACCAACAAGAAAUAUCGAGGAACGAGAGUCAGAUGAUGGAGGAUUUCGAAUGAGGCUUGCAGCACAAGGUCGAUCUAGUUUCGAAGAACGAAUACGUACGAGUGGACGAUCAAUUGAUUCACCAAGACAAGAGCGGGCACAUGAAAUGUAUAGAAGAACGCCAGAUAGUCAUAAGGAAUCGAGGCGGACGCCUGAUUCAUUAGGCAAACGACAGAAAGAAGAAGCUUCAACAUCUGGGGAAAUGUUAGAAAGAAAUGACGAAAGUGCAAGUCAGAAAUCCGUGGACAGUGUAUAUAACUCGAGUAGUAAAGCCGAAGUAUACAACCCACAACCGUCUUCAUCAAGACAAACACCUAAUAGAAUCGAAGAUUUAAAAGCACAUGGAAAAAAAGGUGCAAGUGGAUCGGGCGCUAGCUCAGAUUACGACAAAAAUGGUGGUCAGUCAUCAAACGUUGACUCUGGUAGAGGUAGCGUGGCUUAUUCCAGCGGGAGACGACCUGACGCCAGCCUUCAUGACACAUCUGCUGAUUCAGAUGCUGUAGGGUCCAGGGUUCAACCUCAGCCUGGACCUAGUCAGCAAAAUCCUGGACCCGCAGGAGAAAACGAAUGGGCAGAUUUAGUGGAAUGCGAGCUUCGACAGAUACUAGAACCCAAGUUAUCCAGUAUGCGACUCGAUAGCUCAGCCAGCUCUGACGGCUCCAUGACACCUCCCCUCCCACCACAGUCGCCUUCUUCAGAUUUACAUAAAAGAAAUAGUCUUCCUGGUAGAUCCGAAUAUCCUGACGAACGACGUCGAGGAAGGGAAUCACCGCGCUGGCAUUCACACAAGAAACACUCUUCCAAACGUGAUCAUCAUUACAAGAAACACUUAUUCGGGUUAGACACGACAGACAUGACUUCAACCACGACUCGAAGCCUGGACCUCUCGUCUCUCCUGGACGGGCGGACGGACAGCGACGCCUCGACGGGAGACGCGCGCGCCAUCCGGAGGCAGCUGCGGGGGCUCGAGAACAUGUACGCGGAGGUGCUGCAGUUGCUGGGAGUUAGGAAACCCGCAAGCCUAGCCAAACAUCCUACAUGGGAAGCUAGGUUAUCAUCGAAACGUCGGUACGGCAGCAUGUCCUCCCUCCCAUCGAGUUCCGUCAGCAGUCGACCAGUUCGCGACAAGCGGAGAAGCUCCAACGAGCAACGAAAGAAACACGAUCUCAAGGGCAUCAACAAGCGCUUCCAGCGGCUGGAGUCGCACGUGGUGACGCUGGCGCGCUCGGUGGCGCACCUCUCCAGCGAGAUGCGCACGCACCACCUCGUGCUGCAAGAGAUGGACACCAUCCGCGCCGAGCUCGCCGCGCUGCGCCACCUGUACCGAUCUCAGCAGUACGUCAGGUCCGGGCACAGCAGACAUCUGGACCCGUACUCCUUCAGCAAUCCCGACAGGGUCAAGCGUCUCACCAAGUUCUUCGGAGACGAGCCUCCCUUGAUGCGACUGUUCCUGAAGAAAUUGGGAUACGAGAAAUACGCGGCGCUGCUGGAGAAGGAGAAGGUGGGCGCGGCGGAGCUGCCGUACGUGGGCGAGGACCGCCUGCGCGCGCUGGGCGUGCCGCUCGGGCCGCGCAUGCGCAUCCUCAAGGAGGCCGGCCUGCACCACGACCUGCAGCGCGACCCCCGCGACCCCCGCGACCCCCGCGACGACCACAACACCACCACCACGCUCGCCAUCGUGUGACGGCCCGUCGCCCGACCUCCGCCGGGGACUCCGCGCUUCGAUCGGAGUCAUAUCGACAUAUGAACGUACAUUAAU